CGAUAGGACAAGGGGGGAAGAGGGGAAAAAAAAAGUGAUGAUGAUGAAUACAUUGGAAAGUUUUUUGGCCCCGGCGAGGGUGUCAGCUCGAAUGGUCUGGUGCGCAUGUGCGAAGGUGUCCGAACUGACAAUGCUGGUGAGAUGAAGAUAGUGUUGUUGCUGCUUCUGGGCUCACCGAGGACGACAAGAGGAAUCUACAAGGCGACAAGAUGAGGUCCAAGGCGAGGGCGAGAAAACUGGCUAAAAAUGACAGCGAGCCAGUGGACAGCAUGUACGACACAGAGGCUGACCUCCCGAGCUUGGCGGCAGGCGGCAUUUGCGCCGACAGUCCGGAAGACGAUGCCGAGGACGGCGUCCUCAAUAUGUCCCCCCUGCCCUCCCCUAUCCCUUCCCAUCCAAACAACAACAACCACCACCACCACCUGCUGCACCCCCACGUCUACAGCGGCAGCCACCAUCACCUCCACAACAACAACAGCAGCAGUAGCAAUGACCAGGACUUCACCACGCCCAAGGAAGGCUCGCCCUACGAGGCGCCUGUCUACAUUCCAGACGACAUUCCGAUCCCUGGCGAUCUGGAGCUGCGGGAGUCUUCGGUGCCGGGCGCCGGGUUGGGCGUCUGGGCCAAGACCCGAAUCGGCGUCGGCGAGAGGUUCGGUCUGCACAACGCUGUUAAAAGUAGCUCAUAUGGAUGGGAGAUGAUGAAUGACCAUGAAGACGCAUCCCCUGACAGCUGUGUAAAAAAGGUGGUGGACGACAUGGGCAACAUCAAGUUUGCUCUGGACACAGGCCCGGACGCCCCUAGCAACAGCUGGCUCAAGUAUGUCCGCUCCGCCCCCUCGUUUGAGGAGCAAAACCUCGCCGCCUGCCACCUCACCGGAGACCAGUUUUAUUAUAAAAGUGUCCGGGACAUUGAGGCAGGGGAGGAGCUUUUAGUUUAUAUGAAGGACGGCAUUUUCCCAGAGGGAUCCAUGGCGCCCAACUUACAAGAUGAGCAGAUGUACCGCUGCGAAGACUGCGAUGAGCUGUUCUCCUCGACGCUGGAGUUGCGGCGGCACCAGAAGUACUCGUGCACCAGUGCAGGCUCUAUCUUUGACACCCUGAGAGAAGACUUCAAACAGGAGCGGGAGGACAGCGAUGAGCCCGUCUAUGAGUGUAAAGACUGUGAGAAGAUCUUCCCAAAUGAAUACAGUCUGGGCCAACACAUGAUAGUCCACACGGAGGAGAGGGAGUACAAAUGUGACCAGUGUCCCAAAGCCUUCAACUGGAAGUCCAACCUCAUCCGUCACCAGAUGUCACAUGACAGCGGCAAGCGCUUUGAGUGUGAAAAUUGUGAUAAGGUACAGCACACCCGGCACGUGUUCACAGAUCCCAGCAACCUACAGCGUCACAUCCGCUCCCAACAUGUGGGGGCGAGAGCUCAUACUUGUCCUGAAUGUGGAAAGACCUUUGCCACCUCAUCAGGGCUCAAACAGCAUAAGCACAUCCACAGCAGUGUCAAACCUUUUAUUUGCCCUGAUGGGCUGCGUCUUCUUGUACCCCCAGGUGAGGUGUGCCACAAGUCCUACACCCAGUUCUCCAACCUCUGUCGCCACAAGCGCAUGCACGCUGACUGCCGCACUCAGAUAAAGUGUAAAGACUGUGGCCAGUUGUUCAGCACUACCUCUUCCCUAAACAAGCACCGCCGCUUUUGCGAGGGCAAAAACCAUUACGGCUCUUCGACGGGGAUGUUCAAUCCCGGCAUCCCCAUGAGCUCCAGCCCUAUCAUUGCUAAGGCCAAGUCCCACCACUCCCACCUUCCUGGUCUGAACCAGUCAGGUUUAGGCUUCACUGACUACUUUCCUUCCAGACCUCACCCUCAUGCUGGCUUGCCCUUCUCGCCAGGACCUCAUGGGUUCCCAUCCCUCCCUCACGGUUUCCCAGGCAUCUUUCCCCCAUCGCUCUAUCCACGACCGCCGUUAUUGCCAGCGAGUUCUAUGAUGAAGACGCCCCUUGGCAGCAGCACUCAAGAGGUCAAGCUCCCUCAGAGUCCUUUAGACGGCCCUCCAUUGUCCUUGGUUAGCUCCACAAACAGUAAUGGAGGCAACAGUAAAAGCCUGGCUGAGGACAAAGAUAGCGAGACUAAACUGGAUUUCUCCUCUGGUGGAGAGGCGAAACCCAAAUCCAAGAUGGCAGACAUUUCAGAUGGCAGCGACCUCGAAGACGUCAAUACCACAAGCGGAACGGAUUUGGACACCACAACUGGUACGGCCUCCGGCGAUGGUUCCGACUUGGAGAGCGAUGGAGACAGUGAACGUGAGCGCAACGGCAAAAGACGGAAGUCAUCCGUGGCCCUAUCAAAUCAAGAUGGACACCGCUUAGACGACACCAACAGCAGAGUGUUACCAGCUGUGUCCAAUUCAGGCAAUCUCUCCAUCGAUCGUCCAUUUUUGUCCUCUGCAUCAACACAGCACUCUUUUUUCCCUCCUCCCGAUGAGCAAGCGCUCCCGCCCACCACCAUGAAUCCUAACGCGGCCACUGACUCCAUCAAAGCCAUUGCUUCUAUUGCUGAGAAAUACUUUGGUCCAGGUUUCAUAGGCCUCCAUCAAGAGAAGAAGAUGGGUCCAUUGCCCUACCACUCCAUGUUUCCCUUCCAGUUCCUACCCAAUUUCCACAACUCCCUUUACCCAUUUAGCACCGAUCGAGGUGCCCUCACGUCUGGCCUGUUCUUUAAGGGGGAGCCUAAGUCACCUCGUGAGCAACUGCAUAAGAUGGUUUCUGGUGCUCUUGGUGCUGCACCGACUCAGACGGGAGAAUCACCAUUUGAUCUCAGCACAAAGCCCAAGGAAAGCAAGUUAUCUCCUCCAUCUCCUACUAAACCCUCAAAUCCAAACACUAAUACUGGGAGCAGCAGCGGUCCUUCAGUAAUAUCAAGCAGUGAAGAACAACCGCUGGACCUCAGCAUUAACAGCCGAAGCCGAGUGGGUCACAAUGGCAUGGCGGCCGAACCCCACGGUCAAAACAACCACGUCUACGGAGUUGGAAAAGGGGUGUCGAUCAAGGAUGAAGCUCCCGGCUUUCCACAUGCCCAUUCCCAGUCACUGCACCAGUCCCCUAUGGCACCUCACCAGCAACCGCAAGCACAUCCACACCAACCGCCGCCUCUACACUACGCCAAACCCUCCGCCUUCUUCAUGGACCCCAUAUACAGCAGGGUGGAGAAGAGGAAGCUACUUGACCCUGUAGGAGCUCUGAAGGAGAAGUUCCUUAGGCCCUCACCUCAACUUUUUCAUCCACAGAUGUCUGCCAUGGAGAGCAUGACAGAAAAACUGGAGAGCUUCGGUGCCCUAAAACUGGACGUCCCGCCCAACUCGCUGCAGCAUUCGGCUCACCCACUCUUCAACUUCCGCUCGCCACCGCCUUCACUCUCGGAAGCGAUCCUCCGUAAGGGCAAGGAGCGCUACGCCUGCAGGUACUGUGGGAAAAUCUUCCCCCGCUCGGCAAACCUCACCAGACACUUGCGAACGCAUACAGGCGAGCAGCCAUACAGGUGUAAGUACUGUGACCGCUCAUUCAGCAUCUCGUCCAACCUGCAACGCCACGUUCGCAACAUCCACAACAAGGAGAAACCCUUCAAGUGUCACCUGUGCAACCGCUGCUUCGGUCAGCAAACCAACCUGGACCGCCAUCUCAAGAAGCACGAGCAUGAGAACAUUCCUGUGAGCCAACAGUCUGGGAUGCUUUCCAACUUAGGAACCACCGUCUCCUCGCCAAACUCCGAGCCAGACAAUCAUGCACUUUUAGAUGAGAAGGAGGACUCGUACUUCUCAGAAAUCCGUAACUUCAUUUCCAACAGUGAGAUGAACCAGGCCUCCAGCUCUACGGACAAGAGACCUGACCUGGCCGACACAGACGGGCACCACCCGGGGGGCCGCACCUUGUCCAACUCCAAGCUGGCCCUUCAGGGUCUGGAGGAGGAGGAAGAUGAAGCUGAGGGCGACGACGAGGAAGAGGAGGAGGAAGGCAGCCUGACGGAGAAGUCCCACGACGAUGCGCCCGAAUCCCUGUCUCCCGUCGCGGCGCGCGUGUAUGAAGAAGAAGAGGACGAGGAAGAGGCCGCUCCUUUAUCGAUGAGCUACGAACACUCUCGCAGGCUUAUGCAAUGAUGCUGUCUCUCUCGGACAACAACCCUUUGCACGCGCCCUCCCAGAACUCUCUGGACGCUUGGCUGGGCAUGGGAGGCGGACCGUCUGAGACGAGCAGUUUUCACCCACUCAACCACAUCUAGAAGAAGAGAGAGCGAGGAGGUCGGCGUAGAGUUGGACAUGAGUAGUGAGAUGACUUGAAGAGCGGAGAUUUCACACGGGUCGAGGUGUGCGUGCCCGUGUGUGUGUGUGUGUGUGUGUGUGUGUGUGUGUGUGUGUGUGUGUGUGUGUGUGCGUGCGUGCGUGCGUGCGUGUGUGUGUGUGUGUGUGUGUGUGUGUGUGUGUGUGUGUGUGUGUGUGUGUGAGAGAGAGAGAGAGAGAGAGAGAGAGAGAGAGAGCUGUGUGUGUGUGUGAGAGAGAGCUAGGAGAGAGACAGAGACUCAAUAAGAAAGCACUGCUAAAACUCCUGUUGAUGUGAAGGACAUUGACGACAAACGCUUCUCGGAUCCUCCUCAAGUCCAAAAAGCCCCAACAAGUGUCCCCUGGGCACCGUAGAGGGUCAUGUGACACUUAAAUGACUGCCCUGUCACUAAAGGCCCAGUGUGUGUGUGUGUGUGUGUGUGUGCGUGUGUGCGUGUGUGUGUGUGUGUGUGUGUGUGUGUGUGUGUGUGUGUGUGUGUGUGUGUGUGUGUGUGUGUGUGUGUGUGUGUGUGUGUGUGUGUGUGUGAGAGAGAGAAGGAAAAAAAGCACUGCAGCAUUAGGACUGCAUGUCCACAAGAGGGUGCUGUUUCACACCAAGUGACACUAAAGAGAACCCUUUUGGCUCCUCCUCCCAUCCCCUUUAUUGAUCACUUGUGACUGCAGAAUCAGCAACAGAACCACGGGAAAUGAACACACACAAAUUGAGUGUUUGUUUUCCAACUUGAUCAUCCACAAAUCACCCCGAAGACCCCUUCAGCACCCCCCCCUCAUUCAUCAUCUCAUGUCACUCAAAAGAAAAACAAAUGAUUUCCUUUUGCAUAGACGCCACAGUAUUGUUUCCUUUGUAGGCACCCGCCGUGCUAAAUUAUUAAUAUAAUUGUUUUAGUUAAGGACCAAAAUUGUACAUGAUAAUGUCAUAUAGUAGCUGUAGCGAGGGUGACAUGUGCCAAAAUAACCCGUAGAAAAUGUUUUUGGUUUUUUUGGUUUUUCUGACAAUCAUUUCAGUUCCAUUUUUUAUUUUUUUUUUUGCUCCAAUAUAUUUGAUUUCACAAGUGUGUGUGUAAUGUAUUUAUUUCAUUAUUCUUCUUUCCCGGAGGAACAGACAUCAGACGGAGUCCGGGAUGGAGAUUUGAAAUCUUCGUUUUUCGGCCGUGCCAUAAUAAGGGGCGGUUGUGAUGACAUUUUUAUUUAUAGUGGAAGAUAGUUUUUAGGUCCUCUUUGGCACUGUUGUGUUUUUUUUUUCCUGUCCCAUUUCACCUGCUAUAAAGUAUUACUUGGAGGAGGGGAGGGUUGAGCCUUGAAGCCAGCGUUGAUGACAUCACACUAGAGCAAUGGUUCUCAAACUUUUUACCCCAGAAGUACCACAUAAAAAACACCCAGUUGGCUCCUCAAGUACAUAAGUAUAUUCAAUAUUUUUGCUCAUUGUAACAUUGCACACAGUUUGAACAGUAACACUGUGUUUAACUAUAAGUGAAAUAAGUGAACUGAAUUAUAUUUAUAUAGCACUUUUUUCCAGUGACUCAAAGUGCUUUACAUGGGGGAAACCCAUUAUCUAAGUCAGUGUUUUUCAACCUUUUUUGAGCCAAGGCACAUUUUUUGUGUUGAAAAAAUGCAGAGGCACACCACCAGCAGAAAUCAUUAAAAAAUUAAACUCAGUUGACAGUAAAAAGUUGUUUUCUCAAGUGUUGAAUAUGACUUUAAAUCAUAAAUAAGCUAUAGCUCUUGUCUCAAAGUAGGUGUACUGUAACGACCUGUCACAUCACGGGAUGACUUCUUUUAAGUUUGUUGCUGUUUUCCUGUGUGUAACGCUUUAGUUCUUGUCUUGUGCUCCUAUUUUGGUGGCUUUUCCUCUUUUUUUGGUAUUUUCCUGUAGCAGUUUCAUGUCUUCCUUUGAGCGAUAGCUCCCGCAUCUACUUUGUUUUAGCAUUAAAUAAUAUUUCAGUUGUAUUUUAUCCUUCUUUGUGGGGACCUUGUUGAUUGUCAUGUUAUGUUUGGAUGUACUUUGUGGACGCCGUCUUUGCUCCACAGUAAGUCUUUGCUGUCGUCCAGCAUUCUGUUUUUGUUUACUUUGUAGCCAGUUCAGUAAUAGUUUCAUUCUGCAUAGCCUCCUCUAAGCUCAAAUGCCUUUUUUUUAGGGGCACUCACCUUUUUUUUAUUUUUGGUUUAAGCAGUAAACACUUUUUUACCUGCACACUGCCCCCCGCUGUUUACAACUUCUACAAUUAGCUACCGGCUGCCAUACUGAUAUGGAAGAGUAUUACACGGUUACUCUGCCGAACUCUACACCGCACCGACAUUCAACAACAACACACCAUUUGCAGACUAUAAUUACUGGUUUGCAAAAAUUAUUUUAACCCAAAUAGGUAAAAUUAGACAAUCUCCCACGGCACACCAGACUGUAUCUCACGGCACAGUGGUUGAAAAACACUAAUCUAAGAUACAGUUGAACCAGUGUGAGUGGUACUGGGAGCAGGUGGGUAUGGUGUCUUGCCCGAGGACACGACGACAGUGACUAGGAUGGUGGGAGCGGGGAUCGAACCUGGAACCUUCAAGCCGGAAAAUAAAACAUAUUUAAAUAGGAAACUAAAAUCUGAAUCAGUUUGAGAAUCACUGCACUAGUACACACUUCCCUAGCAAAAGUACACAAGCUGUCCAGACCCAACAGUGCACCUUUUUCGCUGCUUAAACGGGCAUCAAAACUUCAUACAUCCAAACCGUAGCACAAUGACAUCAGACUCAUUCCGUGUCGCUAAUGAGUUACUGCAUAAAGUGUAGAUAAACGUUAACGGGAGGAGCUUGUCCCUUUCUCCCCCUGCAUACAUCAAAGGCCUGAUGCUGUACUUUGGAGCUAGCACUUAAGUGAAACCACAUGGGUCCAAGCCAUACGUUGAUCCGGCUUAGGUCUCGUUUCAAGACGGAAAGAACACUGUAUACUUUUACUAUACUGCAUCAUCUCAUUUUUCUAAGGACAAAAAUAUUUUCUUUUUUUUGUUUGUUCGUUAAUGAAAUGUAAAGACGUGGGUUGCCUGGACUACUGUACUUAAGGAUGCGCUGUGUAAAAGGCAUUGAAGGAUUCCGAUGUGCCCACUUCAGAAAAUAUUCUGAUGGUCGUGGAUUUAUGUUGUCAGAAUAUGGUUGCUGUUUCCCCCCCUUUACUCAUUACUGUUACAGGAGGAAGACAAUAUAUUGUUUCCUAUCAAUUGUACAGUAUUUUAAAGAUGGCAAAACAAUGGUGGAUUUGUCCCGAAGGAAGAAAACGUACACAAAAAAAACAAAAAAACAUGGAAAAUUAUUGCUAUGGAUGGUGCUUGUUUUGUUUGGCUCUGAGUUGUAUAUCGCCUCUGUUAUGUUUAUUGAAAACAGACACAAAAAAAAGAAAAAAAGAUAUUGUGCAUGAUGUGUUUAGCAGUCAUAAUUAUCGCCAUUUGUGAAUUGUGUAACGAAUCAAAAAAAAAAAAAAAAGGAGGAGAUAAAAAAAAUGAGAAAAAAAAGAAAUCGGUAGAUGCACUUAUUGUAAAUGUGGUUAGGUGUAGUAGACUUGGAGCUGUUGACUGCCUUACACGUGUUUGUUUGGGCAGGAAGCGAGAGACGGGAGACAGGACAUCGUUGAAAAAUAAAGGAUUGUAGAAUAAUAUUGAACAUUUCAGGAAAAAAAUGCAGUUCUUUUGAUGCUUGUGAUUAUUGAAGAUGUACUUUAGAGAAAUUUCAUUGAAGGAAAAAAAAAUGACUCUGAUGUUAAUUCUGUAGAAUAGCGAUGUAAACCAAAUGUAAUCUUUCCAAUGCUAUGAAGAAUUUAUACAUGAAAUUGAUAUGCAAUAAAACCUGUGUGCUUUUUAAAUGGAA